AUGAUGUCCACAUCAACGGUGCACCUCAACAACUUGAUGAUUCUAUUUUUUUCUGACCUGGCUUGUUGCACACAACUUCCCAGUAGGUUGUGUCAGCUACCCUACCUGCAGUUUCUUCAGGUCAACCAUGCUCCAAGCAUCAAGCGUGUUGGGACUGAAUUCUUGCAGGCAGUAGUAGCAGCUCCAUUUCCAAGGUUAAACACUAUGACCUUAAGUAAAAUGUUGGAAUGGGAGGAGUGGGAGUGGGAGGACCAAGUACAAGCCAUGCCCCGUUUGGAGAAGCUACGGCUCAUUAAUUGCAAACUGAGGCAUGUUCCUCCGGGCCUUGCCUCCAACACAAGGGCUUUGAAACAAUUAACUCUACAAUAUGUCCAGCAGCUCUGCUACAUUGGGAGCUUUCCUUCUGUUGUUGAGCUUACAGUGAAUGGCUGCCCUGACCUGAAGAGGAUCACCAAUCUCCCAAAUCUGCAGAAGCUUACCAUCACAGACUGCCCGAAGUUGGAGGUGCUGGAGUGCAUUGUUUCACUCGAGAGGCUGGUCCUGGAGGAUUACACCAUGGAAAAACUCCCAGAAUACAUGCAAGACAUAAAGCCAAGGCAUCUGCAGUUAUUCUGCAGGCUAUGGUUGCUCUAUGCGGUAGCCGCAGGACAAUCUAGCACCGAGUGGGACAAGUUCAGCCAAGUGGAGCAUGUCAAGGCAUAUGCACGUGAUGGAGACAACCAAAGAAAAUGGUACGUUUUGUACACGAGAGGAGACAACUGCAAGUUGGAUUCAAAUAUUAGCAGCUCGACCAUAUUUGAAGAAACCUUAUCAUCUUGUAUGGUAGACCGACGAGGAUUUGAGUCUCUAUGCAAAAUGAGAAGAAGCACCUUCAGUUAUGUCUGCAGCUUGGUGAGGAUCUCAUUUUUCGAAAAUAUGAUGGCAAGGGAGCUCACCUUUGUCGAUGGUAGAGUGUUGUCUUUACAAGAUAGAGUGGCUGUCGCUCUGAGAAUGCUGACCUCUGGUGAGCCUCCGGUUACCGUAGGAUCCUCUCUUGGUGUGAGCGAGUCAACUUGCUUGCUGGUAACUAAGGUGUUUGUUGAAGCCAUGCAUGAGCCAUCAGUGCACAACUUUAAAUGGCCAGGCUCCUAUCCAAUGGAGAAGAUCAAGCUUAAAUUUGACAAGAUACACGGCCUGCCAAACUGUUGCGGUGUUGUACAUACAGCCCAAAUCACGUUUGGAUCGCAAGAUCGUGACGGUGAGGGGAAUGAGCCUGUGCUAAUGCGAGCCAUCGUUGAUCCAGAUAUGAGGUUCACAAAGGUUUGGUUGGCUUCUGAUCUCUUGGAGUUGGACUCUGGUCUCUUGAAGUACUAUGAGGAGGAUGUUGUGGUGAAUGGAAGUAAGCUGAAGUUAUCAGAUGGCUCGGAAGAUGGAGAUUACAUAAUUGGUGAUGCAGGAUACCCUAUUCAUCCCUGGAUCCUCACACCUUACCUAUUAGAGGAUGGUCUCUCACUCUCAGAGGCCAAAGUUGAGUUCAACAGGAGACAUUUUGCAGUGACAGCUUUUGCGCUAAGGGCGCUAGCAAAGUUAAAAGACACAUGGAAGUGCCUCCAGGGAGAAGGGUGGCAUCCAGAUAAUGACAUAUUGAAACGGACAAUCUGGGUAUGCUGCAGGUUGCAUAACAUAGUGAUAGACAUGGAGGAGAAGGAGAAGGACGAUGAUCAGGAGGAAGGUGAGUAUGAGGAUGAGGGUCACGAUGAGAGUUGCAUCAGGCAAGUGCAGGUAGAAGAUGAGGAUGCUGUCGAGGUGAGGGGUGCACUCUCCCAGCACUUGAUCAAGUCUGUAGAGGAGGAACAAGGAGCAGAAGAUAAAAACAAGGAAGAAGAAGCUCGCCGACGACAAACAGCAGACCGAGGAAAGGAGAAAGUGCAUGACAGCUACGCCCUGUCUGGCAAUGGAGGCAGAGUGAUGCUGUGGCAUGAAUCAAAAGAUGGACCAGGAAAGAAGAGUGUCGUGCAUUGUGAAUUAUCGGCAGACUAUUUCUAUUGUGAUUUGUAUUUGCGUUUUUAUGCGGUUGAGAGAACCCAGUAA